AUGAGGGUUACCCACCAAAAAAUCAAUUUCAAUCGUCUACGAGCGUUCUCGUCGCCGUUUUCCGACGCCAAAGUGUCGCAGAUUACUGGCCGAUUGUUCGAGGAAAUGUUCGUCAUCAUGUUCCAACUGAUGAAUCCCAUGCACACAGUGUCGGCAAGUCAGCGUCGUUGUAUGAUUGAAGGCAUGGAAAGAAAUCGCGCGGCAAUCAAUGAGGGAAGGGUUACACCAUACCCCUAUCUAUUAACUACGCUCUUGGACUACCGUAAUCACGGCAUCGCAGUCGAAGAAAUUACGGUACAUAUGGAAAAAUCGUUGACGUUCUGGAAACAUUUCGUCACUGGUCUUGAUAAAGUCAACAAUAUUUUUGAUGGAUUUAUGAAUGUGAGUUUUUUUAAUUAG